AUGGUGGGUUAUGCAACUGGAAAUACAGAAAAUAUAAACAUUAAUGAAAACCAUGAAGGAAAUGAAUAUUAUGUAAAUGGUGAAAAUGGUAAUGUACAAGAAAAUUAUGAAUGCGAAAAUGAAGUAAGUCAACAUAUGGAGAAUGAAUUAAAUGAUAAUUUGCUGAAUAAUGAUGGGCGAAAUAAAAAGAAAAAAAAUAAAUAUGAACGUGGUAUAUUUAAAAGUAAAAAUGAUAAUAAUAAAAAUACUGACGAAAAUGGAAAUGUACCAUAUCGUUCAUUUAAUGAUAAUGAAAAUAAUGAAAUGGAUAAAAAAGAAGAUGAAGAUGAAAAUAAUUAUAAAUCGAAAAAUAAAAAUGGUGAAAAUAAUAAUAACAAAAAGAACAAAUCAGAUAACCAAAAGUUUAGUGAAGUAUAUAACUCAAUUUAUGAAAAUUUGAAAAAAAAAAAAAGUGGUAUAAAACAAAAACAUGGAAAUAACAAUGAAGAUAGUAAUAUUAACAAAUAUGAUAAAAGAAAUAAUUUUUAUGAAAUUAAUUAUUCAUCUGAUCAUGCAAAUUCUAUAAGUAGUAGUAUUGAUGGAGAUUCUUUUUUUAAUGAUGAAGUUUUGAAAAAAUAUAUUGUUGGCCAAAUAUUUAAUAUUAUUAGAACAUCUUUUCAAUGGGCUAUAGCUCCAUUUAUUUUAUUUUUUUUAUUUGAGCAUUAUUCAAUAUUUUAUGUAUACAGAAUAAUUUCUUUUUUUAUUUUAUUACUAUUUACUCCAAUAUCAUUAUAUUUAAUUAAAAAACAAAAUAUAAAAUUCUUUUUGUUGGCAACAAAUACUACAAGAACAAUAUUAUGGGGAGUAUGCAUACCCAUUUUAUAUUCUAUAUAUAAAGAUUAUAUAAAAAAAUAUUAUAUAGAUGGAUCAUUUGAAUUUUUAUUUUGUUUAUUGAUAAUAGUUGACAAUAUGUGUAUAAACUUAUCUAGUAUUGUAGAUAUGGAUAAUAAUGGAAUUGAUUAUAUUUCAAAAAAAUAUGAUAUAAUAAUUACUGAAAAAGCCAAUAGAAAAUAUUUAACUCUUCAUCAAUUUUUUUUUGAUGUAUCAUUCACUAUAUUUAAUCCACUUAUUGUAUUUGUUAUGUACUUGUUUGGUCGACUUUUUCCUCAAGAAUAUCAUAGAGAUUUAUUUGUAUAUUUAACAUCCUUAUAUUUUGCUUUUAUAUCAAUUAUAAGUUUAGUUGUAUAUGCUAUUGGGCUUGAAGGGGCAGAAUCAUCGUCAAAAAGAGAGCAUAUCAAUGAUAAUAAUUAUGAACUUCAAAAUAGUCCAGAUAAUAUUAAAGAAGGGAAUAUAAAAGACAAUGAAGGAAAUGAAAAUGAUUUUGAUCAAUAUUAUGAAAAAAAUUAUAGUAAUAAAUCCGAUCAAUAUGCUACUAAUUAUACCAAUACAUAUCCUAGUGUAUAUGUGCUUCAAAGCCAAGUUUAUAAUAUUAAUGAUAAUUAUGAUCCAUAUUCAAAUAAAGAAAUAAUAACAUUAAAAGAUCAAUACAAAAAACAUUUUAAUAAUAUUAAAACAAAUUUUAAAAAUAUUUCGAAUGAUUGUAAAUUACUAUUUUAUUUAUCUUCUUUAUCGUUUUUAAAUAGUGUUGAAGAUAUAACGACAUUGAUGUUAAUUCCUUUUACAUCAAUAUUUGCAUGCGAGUUCUUUUAUGUUGAAUCAUUAUUUAUGAAAGUUUUAAUUGCAGUUAUUUUAAUAUCUUUGGUUAAAUGUUUUGAAAAUAUUUCAUAUUAUUGCAAUAAAAAAAACCUUAUUGCCCUAAAGGAGCCUUCUAUGGGAAUGCUUCUUUCUGGAUUCUCUCUUGUUAUAUAUUUUUUCCCUUUCCUUCUAAUUCGAUAUUUGAACAUUUACAUUUUCUUAAUUUUUUACACAAUAUGUUCUUUCCUUUAUAUCUUUUUUUCGACUAAUUUGAAGGCAACGCUAUUACUCAAUUUCCAAAAGCACAUAAAAGAAUCUAAAUAUGACAUAUACAACUUUGCUGGAAUUUUCAUGUCAUUUGUUAAUUCAAUAUUUGUUAUUUCUGUGAUCAUGUUGUUAUCAAUAGUAAACAAUUUUGUUGCAAAUUACAUUUCUAUAUGUAUAUUUUUUAUCAUAGUAUUAUUUAUACUUUGUAAAUGUGGAAAUUUUGUUUUGAAAGAAGACGAUGACUCAGUGUCAACAAAACUUGUUUAA